GGAAAGGAAUGGCGUGGCAAUGGCGUGUCAAGAGGCUCUUGCCACAAAUCAGUGCAGCCACUCCUUCCUCGCAGGCGCUAGAUCAUCAUGUGGAUCGUCGAGGCCUACAGAACGCUCGCAUUCUCGCUCUAUGGCACGCUCCACUUCACUCGGUCGGCCUUCCUGAAGCAUGCUGCCGGUUUUAAGAAAGAGGACUUGGAUGUGGAUAUGGCUGGGAAGAACUGUGUGGUCACCGGGGCCAAUACAGGAAUUGGAUUUGCAUCAGCGGAAGCUCUAGCUGCCAGGGGUGCGAACGUCUUUCUAGUGUGUCGCAACAAAGAGAAAGGCGAGAAAGCUGUCUCGGAGAUCAAGUCAAAGACUGGGAAUGACAAAGUUGAGCUGGAGCUUUGUGAUUUAUCUUCUCUGAAAGAAGUCAAGGAGCUGGCCACGAGAUUUCUCAGCAUGGACAGGCCGCUCUAUGUUUUGGUGAACAAUGCGGGGCUGAUGGAACACGAACGCAAGACUACAGUAGACGGGUUGGAGUUGAACUUUGCAGUGAAUAUAGCUGCUUCGUAUACUCUCACGGAACUUCUCAUGCCUGCGCUUGAGAAAGCAGCUCCGGAGUCGCGAGUAGUCACUGUAUCGUCUGGAGGCAUGUAUGGAAGUUCACUCACCGAAGAUUUACAGUAUUCAGACGACAAGUUCAAUGGUCUUGUCCAGUAUUCGCGUAACAAGAGACUCCAGAUUGCAAUGACCGAAAACUGGGCAAAGUUGUAUGGAUCCAAAGGUGUCGGCUUUUAUACGAUGCAUCCUGGCUGGGUCGACACAGAAGGGGUUGCAAAGAGCCUCUCGUCAUUUAGAGAGAAAUUCCAAGGCAAGCUCAGGACUAUCGACCAAGGCGCUGACACAAUAGUGUGGCUGUCGCUCCAGCCAAACAGCAAACUAAAGUCGGGCGAAUUCUACUUCGAUCGUGCACUAGCUCCCAAGCACCUGGCUGCGUGUGGAACUGGCUACAAACCCCAGCUGGCCGCCAAAAUCAUCUCCAAAGUCCGUCAGAUCUGUGGCCUCGACGCUCCAGUCAGAGAAGAGAACGUCGCUUGAGGAACGAAGAAGAUCCCCGAAAAAUAAGACCUUCGCAAUGGUCAGGAAUGUGUCAUGCGCUCUCUUUACGAGAUACUCCGGAAGGAUUUUGGUACCAUCUUAUCGACGAAGAGAAUGCCUUCCAAGUGAUCGCUUUCGUGCUGAAGUGCUCGAGCCAGCCAGCCUUUGGCGUCAAUCUGGAUCUUCUCGCCCCUCCUGUUCAAUCCGGUAGCUUUCACUCUCGAGAAUCUUUCGACGAGAGCACAGUAGCCACAGACGCUGCAAAGAGGACAAGAAAAAUAGUUUUUUUUUCUUCUUC